AUGAAGAAUGAUAAUUUAAAUAAGUCCGUCAACGAUCUACAAGAACGGCUGAUAAAUAUUGAACAGUAUAGCAAGAAACACAAUAUAGAGAUAAGCGGUAUCCCGACUACACCGCAGGACGACGUCAAGCACAUAGUCAAAGACUUCGGAUUGGCACUCGGAGUGGAGGUACAGCUGAGCAACAUCGCAGCAGCCCAUAGGAUCCCAUCCUACAACAAGAGUCGCCUACCCUCUGUGGUGGUACAGUUCCAUGACCGAGACAUCAAGGAAGCUCUUCUCUCCAAAUUUCGAGAAGCUAAAACCCGAAGUGAUCAUCUCACCGCGGACAAGAUCAACAGGGCCUUUCCUCCUGGCAGAGUGUACGUGAAUGACCAUCUGACCCCGGAAAACAAACAGUUCCUAGCUAUGCUGAAGAAGAAAUGUCAAGAUGUGGGUUAUGUUUUUGUCUGGUGCCGUGAUAGAAAGUUUUUUGUUAGGAAAGCUGCUGGGUAG